AUGGGAGAAACACCGUCUGCUGCAAGAUCUCUGGGUGCUUCAACACCAAUUCGGAUUAUGUCCACAAUAAACCAUUCUCGGGAAGCUGUGCAAUUACAUCGUCUCCCUCCGGGUGUUCGAGUUGUUCGUGGGUCAUCGGCAGGAGCUUCUGGAGUGCGUUCCCCUACCCAUCAUGUUCGCACCGUUUUGGGAACUGGUGCAUCACAUCCUGGCCGCGUGGUAAGCUCUGGAUUGUUGUCGUCUGGAGCAUCAGGCAGUGUUCGAGCGGCACCUAUCCGGACGGUAGUCGGUGCAGGACAAGGUAUGCGCGUUAUGCAGCAGGGUGGUCGUACUUUAAUCGCUGUUCCCAGCGGUUCUCGUCUGGCUGCCACCCUUUCGUCAGUCGCAGCGAGAGCGGCUCCUGUAGAGCUCACAACUACUGCUAACAAUGUUCCAGCCCUCUCCGUUGUGGACGUUAAUCGACCAAAAUCAAGCGAUAAGCUUAACUGCGACGAGUCAUUAUCUGAAGGCUCUGUCAACACAGAAAUUCGUGGCAGCUCUGUUGAGAUGCACGAUGGAAAUGAAGUAACUGUGGAGAACGCCAACUGCAUUGCGAGUGUGGAUGAGCCUACAGCAUCCACUUCUCAAGGAGAGAGAUCGCCAUUGGUCCUGCCUGAGCAUACAUCUGUUUCUGAAGAGAAAGAAGUUGCAGUCCUGCCAAGUGGUGGGAUGGUUACACGACGAAUGGCACGCGGGAAUGGACCGCCUUCUACAUCUAUUGAUGCAUCUCAGUCGGUAGAGGCUUUGGACAUCGGCUGCUCUAGAAUGGAUCUUCCAUUAGCACCUCCUCCACGUCGACGAGCUGCGAAGAGGCCAAAGUACUCUCUUUCAACGGGUGAGCUAGUUCGAGCACAAUAUAUUCUUCCACCUGAUCAGUUACCUCGUCGUGUUUCUGUGCCUCGUGAGGAAAAUCCGCUGAGUAUGACUGAGCAAGCUCGACUAUCGCGAAGGCCGAUUGUUGUUCAUUCGUCUGGAGUUGAAUUUCCUAUCCCCAUGUCGUUGGAAGCACAUCCGAUGAAACUUGAUGACAUAGCCCCGGAGAAUCCACGUGAAGAUAUACUGCGAGAUGACGAUGGGGUGCCCUACUGCUACCUCUGCCAUUCGGUGUUGAAGACGUGGCAAGGCUACGAAUACCAUAUAAUGGCUGUCCAUUUAAAAUAUCGUCCAUAUCGUUGUAUGUACUGCAUGAAAGAGUAUUUUUAUACAGAAGAAGAGGGAUUGAGUCAUGUUCGCUCUCAGCAUCAUGGGAAAACCGUAACGUUAUUGCGAGAAUACCACGAUGACAAAGAGAAGCAACUUGAGGACGCUUUCUGUGCUCUCUUUAUGGCUGUACGGGAAGGUCCAAAUUUCACCGCAGAGCGCGCUGCAGCUAUUGAGAAAGCGGCAUUCAUGCACUUACAAAAGUUCAAACGGAUGCGCAUGAAAGUUCCUGAAUUUGCAACUAGAACGAAGGUCAUGCGAGACUUCGCGUCGCAGACAUUCUCUACCAUGUCUUCUCCACACUCCUUAGUGCCGGCAUUGAAGUACGUGUCACAUCCUCGGCAUCAGUAUGAGCACCUGCAGCAUCACCUCGAGCCGUUACAACAUCCACAAAUGUCGAUGCCAAUGAAGGUUCGUAUGAGUAACGGCGAACUGGCGGAAAUUAAUGAUCGUUAUGUUAUUGAAGGAGAAGAAGAAGAUCCAGUAGGAGAGUACAUUGAGGUGGAUUACGUCGAUGAAAUAAUUGAGGAAGAAGGCGGACCAGUCAGAGGGGAACAAGAGGUUGUAGGCGACUUAGAUCAUGGUGACGCUACUGAUGGAAUGGGACAUUCUUACUGA